AUUUGUAAGUGAUAGCCAGUCAGAACGCUGUAUUUUUCAACAGCCAGGAGAGCUGGAGGUGUGGGGCAACAACGCAACUUUCUGUUUGGCUCUUUAACUGUUAUUCAAUAACUAAUUGGACCUUAUGUUGGCGGAUGUCAAAAUGUCAGAUGGCAUCCGGAAUUAGGACAAAGUUGGUGGUGUUCCCGAGUUGUCUCUGUUUGCCGUCCAGUCUGCGAAAAACGUCACUGCUGCCUAUAAAUACCGCGGCUCCCCAACUCGCAAGAGCCUGCAAAGUUUAAAACCAGCAGCUUUGCAGAAAUCUCCACAUUACUGCUCCGAACAGACAGAAACAGCAUGGGGAAUCUUUGGGUAGAUAGCACAGUCACAUUUUAUGUCCUGUGCAUUGCAUCCAAGGUUGGUGCCCAGCUCUGCCCCUACCCCUGUCGCUGCCCCCCAACUCUACCCCUCUGUGCCCCAGGAGUCCCUCUCGUUGUGGAUGCUUGCGGUUGCUGCUGGGUUUGUGCCAAGCAGUUGGGAGAAUAUUGCACAGGGCUGGACGUGUGUGAUCCUCAUCAGCAUCUGUUCUGUGAUCAAAGCAUCAGUUUCUCUGGGACCAGAGGGAUAUGUACCUCACUUGAAGCUGGAACAUGUGAAUUCAAUGGGGUGACCUAUAAGGAUGGUGAUGUAUUCCAGCCCAGCUGCAAAUAUCACUGUUGGUGCUCGGAUGGAGGAAUUGGUUGCAUCCCACGCUGUAGUGAAGAUGUUCGUCUGCAGAGUCCAGAUUGCCUUUACCCAAAACGUGUUGAAAUCCCAGGGGAAUGCUGUCCUCGCUGGAUAUGUGAGAAACAAGACAACGGUAUCUUUGGCAAUGCCUUGGCAGCUGCUGUGGCCGACUAG